UGCCCGACAUAUCGAAACGGCGAUUCCAAUGUAGAUUAGCCUUAUAUCUGAUAAAAGGUGUGUCUUCAUUCGCAAUGUUAACGAUGAGGUGUUUUAGAAAUGCGAAUUCCUCAUCACCACUUGUUGGUAUCCGUAGAAAUUUACCAUGACAAGUACGACGGAUAGCAUGAAACUACAACGAAUGAAGACCCUCAUGAAUUUCCACAAUCAUACCUCCCAAGAACCAUCAUCUUCCCUAAAAGAUCCCAAAAGGUGUACCAGAUCAACCUCUUCAUCACUCUCCUUCUUCGCCUUACACAAACGUAAAUGUACUAUCGACGUCGAACCGGGUGCCAAGAAGACGAAGGGCGAUACAGAAAUAGUCUGCACUCCGACUCAAGUCCCAGCGUUCUUAAAGUACGCUUGUAUCUCACCAUCUCAAGCACCUUCUAAGAAAAAUCUGUCACUACCGCUCUUCUCGUCAUCCUUUCCCGUGAACAUGCCCUCACCUCCUGCAUCAUCUCAGCAAAGUCAUACUCGCAAGCUCAAAUCACUCGUGAUUUCUUCAGAUCUGAACGCGCUUCUGAAUCAUGAGGAAAAUUCCGAACGCUACACCAAUCGACCACCUAGCCCUCUAUCUGAUGAGGCAAAUAUUACUCCAGAGUCCUCGCAGGUCGCUGCGGGGACUACGUCGCGUCCCGUUCACCCUUCUUUUUCACGUUCCCCGCCGAUCUCCCCCUCUUUGCCUUCAUGUUCACCGACGUCACGCCCUAGCACUUCUAGCUCCCCCUCGUCAUCUGCGUCGUCAAACUUUCAUACAGGUCCUUUCGGAAGUCUUAUACAUGGCGGAAAUCAUACGCGGGGACACACGCCCGAUACAAGUUUGACUUCACUAGCUUCGAUAGUGGAGGGUGCCGACGGUGAGCCGUUGCUAAAAAGUCUACCUCCACCCCCACGACCAGGAAAUAAAAUUGUUCCCAAUAAAGUGGCUAGAGCUAGGCCUGGGGUAGUCCCUGGUCCUUCGGCUAGUCUAACAUCCAGACCAGUUGUCAAUCCUGACAAGGAUUCUAGUGCGGCUGUGCACUGGCAGAUAUCUCGGGUUUUGGCGGGGGAAGACGAGUUCGCCACUACCAAGACGAAAAUUCUGGACAAAACCUCGGAACAACACGGACGACCAUUGUCGGCAUCGAAAGACUCGGACUUCAAAUCCUCUAAAAACGCCUCUCCCUCCAUCUCUUCAAUCCAAACAACGCAAACCAUCCCACCCUCAUAUAAUAACAGUCAUUCGUUACUUCCUCUAACUUCAUACGCUCCCUUAAUUCAGAAUCGCACGUCUUGUACAUCCAAUUCUUCCCAUUCUGUGAUCUCCUCAUCCUCUUCAGACUCCACAUCAACCGUGACACCUGGGAGGUUAGAAAUGGAGGUAAAAUCCACGCGUCCAAAUGUGCGCUUACUCCCUUCCCUUCCCCCUGUUGCACCUUUCUCGAACCGUGCACAUUCUAUCCGUCAUUCCAAGUCGGCCCACAAUUUAAAUCACCAUAGCGCGCCUCCUGGCACUGUUUACGCGUCUGCUGGGGAUAUUUCGAAACGAAAAGCUUCGAGGCGCGUAAAGGUCCUUAGUGCGGAAGAUGUGCUGGGAGAGCUGUUUCGCAAAGAGGACGCGCUCGACUCAUUAAGGAUCCUCGCGAGGACAGGGACAGGGAUAACGUUCCAAGAAGAGGUACCUCUUCCUGUUAGCCCAAGUUCGUCACGCCAUAGUCGAACUAGCGCGAAGUCACGUAGUACUCAAGGACUGGAAGAGCGUGUUGGGACGUCCUUUCUAAGGAUGGCAUUCGAGGAAGAUGAUGAAGAGGGUGGCUCUGACAGAGAAGACGCCACUCAAAUACAUUCUUCUGAUCUACCUGCAGCCGGUACCUCAAUACCUACCACACCUCGUCUCCGUCCUUCCCAUUCAUCUGAGGUGUCUGUCAUGCAUUUGAACGAAGGGCAUGUAUUUGAGAAGCUUCAUCCAUACUCCGGUCAUUAUUCAGGUUCCGGACCAGCACGUCCAUCUGCUUCUUCCGCGAAAUCUGUUUCGUCGCGAUCCUCUUCCUCAGCAUCUGUACUAUCAUAUGCCUACGCUCCUACAGGAGAUGAAAGAUACAGCAAAGUCCUGAAGAUGGGAUCAAAAUCAGGAUCAACCGAGGGCUAUGGUGGCAAUGCUGCUGCUGCCAAUGUUGUUGUGCAAGGUGUCAAUAAUGAUGGAGUCUCACGUCGAAGUCAAUAUCGGCGGCAAAGACCUGCUAGAAUUUUCAUAUCACCAACUGAAGAUAAAAAUGGUACUCAUUCACAGCACCCAACAACUUCCAACUCGAAAGCUCUUCCACAGCUUCCGAGACUUAUUCCUCCUUCACCACUUUCUGCUUCAUUUGAACGUAGCCUUGGCUUAUCGGAGCACACAGUCUCCGAAGUUUCAUCUGCCACUUUAGCUGUACCAGCGAGUCCAAUAACGAGCUCAGUAACGAACCAGGUCCUGCCAAGCGCGGAAGAUUUCUCGUUCAGACAACAAAGAUCGUCCUUUGUCUCUAUACAGAGUGGCUCGGAGGAAUCAACCUUUUCGAGAAGGCCUGGAAGUAUCUCUACGCUUGCCUUUGGUAAUCUAAAGUCAGGCAGUGGGAACGAGACAUACGAAAUAUCCCUUGACUCCGAUAAGGACUCAAGCAGCAACUAUCUGCGCGGGUACGAAGGAGAUUACGAUUCGGCUUCAGCGGAGUCUUCGUCAGAAGGAGAAGUUGACUUUGCCAAGUACUACGAGAGACGUGUGUCAGAGGAUUUACAACACGUACCGCAGACAUACAGAGCAUCUCGACACAGACACAACUUCAACAAAAAGCCCAAGGAAACGGGGACUUUGAAUCAAUUACCGAGACAAUACCGGCGGAGGACAGUUCCGAUGGAUCGUAGAGGAACAUCGUACUAUUGUUCAAGCGGAGACGAGCACGUAAGGUACCUCGAGGAGGUGGAGAUCAUCGAUUUACGGGCUGAAACGCAGGUGAGCUAUACUUUGUUAUUGGUACCAGAAAAUUGCAGUUCAACGCCGGAGUUGGAUUUCUCGGCCGUUUUACCGGCAAUAAUGGUCAGCGAGAGGAACGGAGCUAACCCACUCACCGCCUUUUGGUUUUAUUUUCACGUUUCGUUUCUUGUCCUCUUAACCGUGUGCUGUCAACAAUGACUGACUUAAUCUCGUGUAAAAUCAUCACAUCGAUAGCGACAGCAAGGAAUGCCGCGU